CACUGUUGUCAAACACUCCUGUGCGCACUAUUUCUACAUUUCAGUCUGUGUUCAAAGUUACACUGAGUUUUUAAGGGUGUUUCUACUGUUCUAGCGAUUGAUAAACAAGAUUUCCUCACUGAUAAGAGAAACCCGGCCAAUCAUUUCUGUGGUUCUGGAAACAAGUCGUGUUGAGGAAGUUCCAAUAGGUGUCUGUCAAUACUGGCCCGAGAGUACUAUUAACAAAGGCUCAAGGUCGAGAUGGCGAUAGAGGCAUGAGUGAGGAGUGCGCAGGGGAGUGACGCGUGUAUUAAAAAACGCCUUCUCUUCUCACUACAACAAUCUUCUAAGGCCACAGAAACAAUUAGGUGGUUUCUCAAGACACUUUCUCCUUUUGAUAUACUAGAAAUCUUGCCAAUCCUUCCCCAGAACCAUAAAAAUACUCUUAUAUAUACGAGUAUCUUAAAGUGGAGCCUUUGGGAAGCAGUGAUGGUGAGAGAGCAAACUGUUUCAGAAUGAGCCUGAGCAGUAUGACCUUGGGGUGUGGCUGUAUAGGUUCCUCUCCUGUAUCAGUCUCGUCCUGAAGGCUCUGAGUGCAGGUCAACGAUUAAAGCGUUUCCCAGGUUAGUUUGUCAUUAUAAGGUGAGAUCUGUUUAUUGAUGCGAUCCCAGUCACGGUUGAGGAGUGAGGCAGUGUGGGAGUGGAAUGGUCUCGGCAGCCAUGCAUUGCUUACAGUGAAUAGGGAUCUCCACAAAACGAUCAGAUGUGACCUCCUGGGGUCGCAGGUGUAGUGGGUGAGUGAGCAGCGGGCAGCGCCGUGAUAACAUACCGCAUUGUUGACAGGUCUGCGGUAAGAUAGGACUGUAGUUCUCGGAAAAGUGACGUCACUUCAAUUAAUGCCAGACUCGCUUAUACUAACUCAUAAACACUUGCUUGCAAAAUGCUUAUCCACACCGCAACUGUGGCAGGUGUCUAUUAUUUCUACUCUCUCACUGCAUAGUGGGAAGAGAGAAACUAUUGGUGUUUACGUGAAUAAUCAGAGAUGUAGAAAAAAAAAAUAGAUAAAACCUUGUCAGCCGCUGUCCUGUUGCUGCCUUAACAGGAAGGGAAGGGAAGCAGACAAGCCAUUGUUGCUGGAGCUGUGUGAAGCGUAAGUCACGCACCACGCAGGAAGCCUGACGUCAGUGGUGGACGCUCUGCCCUUCAGGAUCCCAGUGUGACCAGCAGGACCAACGCUGCCAUCCAUGGACACAGAGAAGCUAGAUAGCUGCGCGAGGAGCGGGGACAUGGCAGAAGCCAGUCGCUUGGUGCGGCAAGGCACGCCCCUGGAAGGCCUGGUGAACAAGAGAUCGCCUCUCAUGCGGGCGGCGAUGGGCAACAGGGUGGCCAUGGUGCGCGCCCUGCUGGACAUGGGAGCUUCUGUCGACUUUAAGAACGAGGACGGCUGGACGGCGCUGCACAUCGCCGCCAAGCACGACGCGGUGGCCGUAGCGGAGGCGCUGCUGGACGCCGGGGCUGACAUCGAGGCCAGGUCCAACUCAGGCAGAACACCGCUGGCGUUGGCUUGUAACCAGAAGAAACUUUCCAUGGCAAAGAAACUGCUGGAGCGAGGGGCGGACGCCUCAACGACAGACGGCACAGGGUGGACGCUGUUGUUCCAGGCUGUCCGCAGCGGCUCACUGGAGGUGGUUAGGUGGCUGGUGGAGGAGGUGGGUGUUGACCCGCGCUGUGCCUCGGGCGGCAAGACGGCAAAACAGUUGGCGGACAGCAAAGGGCAUGCUCAUGUAUCCAGAUACUUAGAUGACGCCAUCCCAGACAUCUCCGGUUCAAGGACGGCAACAAAGGCCAGCCACAGUGUGAUGCCUGCUUCGAGGACACCAAGACUUGCCAGCAAACUGUCUGCCAAGGCUGUUAGGGCCUCUGAGUCCUUCCUGGACGAUGCCGGAGCAGUUGUAGAUCUGAAGGUGAGACUGACCCGCCACGUGGUGCCGCCUGGCCCUGACGUGUACGACACCACCACCGACCCGCCCGGCCUCGUCCUGCUCCUUAACUACAUCACAUUUUCCGGGAGUGACAUCAAAGAUAGGCAAGGCGCGGAAUACGACACCAUCAACAUCAAAAGUGUGUUUAAGCAGAUGGGCUACGAGGUGGAGGCUUACGAAGACCUGACGUGGAAGGAUACCAUGUUGAGAAUUAAGGAGUUCAGCACUUCGGGGCGUCUGAAUAAGGCUGGGUGCGCCGUCGUGGUGGUGUCCUCCCACGGCGGCACCGACCCGUCUUCCUUCCUGACUUCGGACGGCGAGCAAGUCAGCGUGAGCCACUUGCAUCAAAGCUUCAAGGACUAUGGCAAAGAUAUCCGGCAAAUGGCCAAGAUUUUCUUCCUCCAGUUCUGCCGUGGCGAUGUCUUGCCCGUGCGUGAGACAGAUUACAGUUUGGAUCGUUCUCCUAAGAAUAUUAUCAGCUUCUACAGCACCUCCGACGGGUUCGUCGCCUACAGGGAUCCUAGGAGGGGCAGCAUUUUCUUGUCAGUGGUGUGUGAAGUGCUGGCCGAGCGAGCCUACAAGAACAACCUUGAUGAUCUGUACCGGCAGGUGCAGCGCAGGUACGUGGACCGAGGGCUGGGCACUACGCCUGAGAUGCAAAACCUUGGAUUUAGCAAGAAAUUCUACUUCAAUCCUCGACCCCGAAAGUGAGUAGCAAGGUCCACCCCACAUUCACUGUGCCAUGGAUGUGAUAAUGUCGCAGCUUUGGUACAAAUACGGAGUCACUCAGUUCUUGUUGUGUACUGUUACACACAGGAUGUCUGUAACCAGUCCUUUGUUCAAAAGUAAAGCUGACAGGAAUACAAGGAAAUAAUUAAGACCCAAUAAGAGAACAGCGCACUCAACAGCAGGGCGAGAUAAGACCAAGGUUUGAGGCAAAGGUCGGCGAGCACGGGGCAUUGAGCAGCCAUUACUGGGCACAGGUGGGGAUGGGUGUUCGCAACAUUGAUACCUAUAAAAGAUAAACUUUUCCAUCCAA